GGCUGCUCCCGUUGCUGCAAUGACACCAGUCUCUCCAGGGAGAUCAGGAGAGCAUUGAUCUUGGGGAACAUAUCUGCACCCCACUAAAGAAGUGGUCACAGAAGAAUGGAAAGUUUGUGCCCUGCUGAGUCCGAUAGGGCUUCUGACGUCUCCUUCUGUAUAGACGAGGAUGUCUUUCCUGAAACUGUCCUCAACAGUGAAGAAGCUGAAGAUCUCACACACAGUUUUAAGGAAGCUGUAAAUACUGGGGAGGUGAAACCAAAGCUCCAAUGUCUCAUGUCAAAUCCAGCCUUCUCUAUGGUCACAGUUCAGUGUGAAGACAGCGGAAUACACUGGGAGACCACCUCAAGCCGAUGUUCCACACCAUGGGCCUCAGAAGCCAGCACAACCUCAGAUGUCUACAGCAUGGAAAGUUCAUCUGCUGGAACCCCUCCUGGCAAGGUUAUCUUUAUUAUGGAUGAGGGUAAGCUACUGAGAAAGAGAGUUAGACCUUCAACAUCAGCAAAGUUUGCUCACCAGUCAUCCCAUCAUAAAAAGAGCACUGAAAAUCACAAAGCAUCUGCAGAUAACAUGGGGGAAUCUUUUAAGCAAGCCCUGGAAAAAGCCAAACGUCAUCUGUCCACCCACACAGAAGAAGCUGGCAGUGCUGAUUGUUCUGCAAAGGAUACUGAAAACCAUACGGGAGAAAAUCCUAAUGUACCAGUAAAGGACUCAAGUUCUGAAAAUAAACCACCAGAUGAGAGGACUUCUGCAGCUGAGCCCUCCAUCAUCUUACCAGACAAGGUAGCAGAAGAACCAACAUGUGCUGUUGCAGAGCAUGACAAGACCCCCACACCAUCUGGAUUAAACAAUGACUGUGAAGGUUCAGCCAUGUGCCCAACAAAGAGUGUGCCAGAAAAGCAAACGGUGACAGAGACAGUGAAGCAACUUCCCCAGAAAAAUACCACAAAACCAAAGGGACGUGUCUAUCAAUCAUUAGCUAAAAGUAGCACUGAAAUGAUAUCAAGUAAGCAUGAUAUUGACAGCUACCCACCAUAUGUCCUUGAAGAAUUAAGCACUGUUUUAGAAAAAAUAAAUAAAUUAUGUAAUCCCCUAAAAGAUGAUUCACAAAAAAACACAAAUGACCCUCCUAACACGCAAUCAAACGUGUUUAGUAUUGUUUCAGAUGGGUCGGAAAUAUUGAACAUCUUGGCCCCGGAUCUUAUAUCUUCUGUAGACCAGGAGGCAAGCAAAGAAAUGGAAGAUAAACUAGAGUACUUGGAGGAAAACCCCUUACUUGUGCCCAAACUGGUCUGUACUGAGGAUGAAUCACCUAUUACCUAUGAGGAAUCUGUCCGACAAGUUAAUGGCACAGUAGAAGAAGAGAUUAUAAUUCCUGAAAAGAGACAAACAGAUAAAACUGUUUAUGAUAUAGAUUACUUUGAGAAAUUUACUUUAGUUGACAGCAAUGUACCGAUAGAGCCCCCUUAUAAAAGGUUAAAUCAAGAACAGGAAGCAGUUAAAGAAGAACACCUUGGUCCUUCCAAAAGUGAAUCAUCCUCGGAUGAUGACUAUUACCUACUACAAAGUUUAGAUGAAUCAUUUUACGGUGUAUCUUUGGAUGGUGAUACCACCGUCUUACAACCAGAGGCUCAUAAUCCAGAAAAAUCAAUCACGAAAGAAGAUACAGAAAAGAAAGACAAGGACGUGAAGAACACAAAUGGAGGAACCUUAUUUAGUUCCGAAGAAGGAGUACUGACCAAGUCAUUAUUUUUUCCAACUUCUUACCCAGUGAACCACGAACUCCUAGAAGAACCACCUGCCUUGGCUUUUCUUUAUGCAGAUCUUUAUGAGCAAGCCAGAGGAUGUAAAGCCAAAGAGGAACAUGACCCAUCAGAUGCAGAAAGUACUAGUUCUGACAAGACUUUCCAUAGCAGAAUUUCAGAUGAUGAUGGCACAGGAAUAUAUUUUGAAAAAUUUAACCUUAAGGAUGAGAUUCCACCGGGAGGUGAGAAAUCAGAUGAAGAUGAAUUUUAUAGUGACGAAGGCAGCGAUGAGGAACAGUAUUUAAGUUAUGAAGCUUUGUCACAAGGGUCACUUGUUGAUAAAAAUACAAACCAGAAAGAAAUAUUCAUUGAAGACAAUAAAUCACCUUCACUUUAUGACAAGGUUCAGCUGGAUGAUGAAGCUCAUUUGCUGAAUGAUGCCUGUAAAGUACCACCAACAGAUAAUGUCCCAGUAACAGUGACUACAGAAUGGAAAAAUCUAGGAGAUGAAGAAAAUACAGAAGACUUGGAUUAUGCUAUUGUGUCUCCAGAUGACCUUGAUGAAGAUGAUGUUUCCUUAAAGGAAAUAAUGUUUGAAGAUCAAGAAUCUUUGGAACACGAGAGUGAUAUGUUUCUGGAUGCUGUACAAGUCACACCUGAACAUGAAGAAUCUGGUUUUGAGAUGGUGGAACAUGAAAAGAAAUCAGAAGACAUAUUAGAACCCCCACUAUCUGAGGACAGAAAGGCUCAGAUUGAUACAUAUUGCAACAUAUGUAAAAUUCCAAUUGUUGCUAUUGAUAAGAUCUUUGGUGAUCACAAGAACCAUAAUGUCACUGCAUUGGACACCACAGUGAAUGAAAUGACGAGUAACCUGGAGAAUCUUCUGGAGAAAUUGCAGGAAAGUUCAUUGAAAACAGAAGAUUGUGUUACCAGAGUAGAGAAAUUGUUUAAUGAUGUUGAAAAAAACUGUUCAGAAGCUGAGAAAUCUUUGGUAGAUGACAAUGAAAAACUGGUCCAAAAAGUGAUUGACCAGCACAAACAGAAGAGAGAAUGUUUUGAGGAAGUGAAGAAGAUGAAGAUGGAUUACUUGUAUGAUCAGAUGGUCAGUUUCCAGCAGAGUGUUGAUUCAGCAAAGGAAAUUCUGGAGAAAGCCGCUAAAGAGAUUGAAGAGUUGGAUCCUGUCAUGUUUUUGAAUGCUCAUAAUGAUAUCAAUAGCAGGGUACUUAAAGCAAUCGAGAACACAGUAUCACUGGACAAGAUACCCAGCGCUUUCUCUCUCUUUGAUCAUAUUGCUGCAAAGUCUAAGGACGACCAGAAAACAGUCAAACAUUUGCCAGUCCCUCAGACACCAAAGUUAAAGCCGCAAGAGCAUAACUCUGCAACCAGCACUUCCAUUACUGUGUACUGGACAAUGAGCGAGGAAGACGUCAUUGACUGUUUUCAGGUGUAUUGCAUGGAGGAGCCUCAAGGGAAAGGGGAUGAGAAUGGUCUGCUGGAGGAAUACAGAGUCACAGUGAAGGAAAGUUUCUGCAUCUUGGAGGACCUUGAGCCAGAUAAAUGUUACAGUGUCUGGGUGAUGGCUGUAAAUUACACCGGCUGCAGCCUACCCAGCGACAAGUCAAUAUUCAGGACUGCUCCUUCUACCCCAGUGAUUAAAGCAGAGGAGUGUACAGUCUGCUGGGACACGGCCGUCAUCAGAUGGAGCACAUCACAUCUAGAGUCCACCGAGUCCUUUACACUGGAAUGGUGCAAGCAGUACUCAUCAGAGGGAGAAGGGCUCAGGUCUGUUGCUGGAAUCAAAGAUCAACAGCUGAGGGUCUCCCUACAACCAGGAGAGAACUACUUCUUCUACGUAAAAGCUGGCAACACCUUUGGGUCAAGUGAGCAAAGUGAAGCUGCUCUCAUAUCUACCAAAGGUACCAGAUUUCACUUACUAAGAGAUACCGCUCACCCAGCCCUGGACUUGUCACCAGAUGGGACUGUGAUUAGUAUUGUCGAGCAGCGGGAGAUUGUGGGAAUUCCUUUAGUUCUUGGGGAGCUGCUGCCGGCUAAAGGACAGCAUUACUGGGAGAUGAUGGUUGCAGAAUGCUGUUCAUAUAGUGUUGGCGCAACAUUUCAUCCUUCUCCAGAAGAAUCUGCCACAACACAGGAUAGUACAUCAUGGUGUAUGCAGUGCUCCAGUUCAUGUACAAGCUUUUCUUACAGAUUCCUCCACAAUGAAAUAUGGAGUGAAGUUCAUUUAACGGAGCAUCCAGUGCGGGUGGGGGUUCUCCUAGACUACAGGAAGGGGAAACUGUCUUUCUACAAUGUCCAGAAAGGACAGUUGCUGUUCACCUUUAGGCACAGGUUUACAGAGGCGGCUCACCCCACAUUUGCCUUGGAGGCCCCAGGAGAGAUUCACCUUCAUACUGGAAUUGAACUGCCUCAUUUUACCAAACAGAGCUAGCACCCAACCGCCAGAGGUGUUCCGAAUGCUGCAAAGCCAUACAUCGUGUUUACUAGCCCCUGCUUGAUAGCAGAGUGACUGUGUGCGGGGAUGUUUAGGAGUAGUACAAAUACUGUUAAUAUUAGAGGUUACACAAACCUGGUUUUUAUGCAAUCAUGGUUUCUCAGGGGGUUGUUUGUAUUUUGAAUUGUUAUUUUUUUUCAGUUUUAUGUAGGACAAGCCAGACAUUAUCAGUGAUGGUGGUAGGAUCAGGGAGACUAGUGGGUAGGAUUCUAUAGAGAAUUGCGAGUAGUCCAAAAUCAAUAAAGCCUUAGCAAAACUCUUUGAAGAGAGAAGAUAUAUGUAAUUAGAUGUCUUAAUGUCAAUAUCUCCUGUUAUCCUGAGGAGAAGAUCAUUAACACUUAGCAAGGUUAAACUGAACUAGGAGGAAAUUCUGAAGGAACUCAAACUGAUAAACAAACUUUAUGAGAAAAGAGAUAUUUUCUGAAUAAUGGGGUAAGCUUAAAGGGAAUAUCCAUCUUUUAACACAAUAUUGCUUCAUUUUUCUUAUACAGCUCCAAAACCCUCAAAGUCUCUGCAUAGAUAUCGAUGGAAAUUAUACCAUUCUGUCUACCUAAACACACAGAUGGGCCCUUGCUGGGACCCUCGGGAUGAAUACUAACAAAAUAACUAGCGGUCAAAUGACCAAAAAAUCCCUUCAGGAGUCCUAAGUUAUAUGUAUAUAUAAAACUACAUCUUUUAUUGGGUUCUAUUUAAAACAUGUAACAUAGAAUAGAAAAAAUGUGUGUGAUUAAAACUAUCAGGAAAUAGCCGGGGACAUUUAUUGUUUCACUAAUAAUGGCAGCAAUCGGGUCAGUGCUUUAUAUUGCAGCUCUGUGUUGUUAUUAUAUUAUAUCAUCGUCUUCAUAUAUCAAUCCCGUUUUGUAAUAUAUUAACUAUUACACACUAAUUGGUCCUACAGUGUGUAA